AUGCCGACCAAUGGUGUCAAGAAGAACGGGCGAAGAAGCAUAUCGCAUAGCUCUCUGCGGUUCACGGAUGUGGAGGUGGCGCCUAAUAGUUAUCGGAAGAUACGACUUAUCGGCAAAGGGGAUGUUGGCAAAGUAUAUCUUGUCGAAAAGAAGAGCAACGGCAAGCUAUACGCCAUGAAAGUCUUAUCAAAAGCGGAAAUGAUCAAGCGUCAUAAGAUUAAACGAGUUCUGGCGGAGCAGGAGAUCUUGGCCACAUCGAACCACCCCUUCAUUGUGACACUAUACCACAGUUUUCAGAGCGAGGAAUACCUGUAUUUUAUCAUGGAGUUUUGUUCCGGGGGCGAAUUUUUCCGAGCUCUGCAAAGCCUCGAAACAAAAUGCCUGAAGGAAAAGGACGCGAGGUUCUACGCAGCCGAGGUUAUUGCUGCAAUGGAAUACCUGCACCUGAUGGGUUUCAUCUACCGAGAUUUGAAGCCAGAGAACAUUUUGCUGCACGACACGGGACACAUUAUGUUGACAGAUUUCGACCUGUCAAAGCCAUCCACAGAACCAGGGGUCCCCACCAUUGUGAAAAACACACCAUUCCUGUUCCAAAACUACAGCACACCGACCAUUGACACCAAAUCAUGUACCGCGAAUCUGCGGACAAAUUCCUUUGUCGGGACGGAGGAGUACAUUGCACCAGAGGUCAUAACGGGAAUGGGUCACACUAGUGCUGUGGAUUGGUGGACCCUCGGGAUAUUACUGUAUGAGAUGCUGUACGGGACAACACCUUUCAAAGGCGAAAACCGCAACAUGACAUUCUGCAACAUCAUCCGCAACGAAGUCACCUUCCCCAACUACCCCCAAGUGUCCCCAAGCUGCAAAUCCCUGAUCCGGAAACUGCUCAUCAAAGACGAACGCAAGCGUCUCGGCUCCCGCGCCGGCGCCUCCGACGUUAAAGCCCACCCUUUCUUCAAAGGCAUUAACUGGGCUCUCCUCCGGCAUGAGAAGACACCACCCAUCGUGCCAAGGUACAAUGCCGCCGAUCCGUUCGAUACCAGCAACUUCCGGCCCAUUGAGGACAGCAUUGAGUUGGAUUUGGAGAAGGAAGGGAGGGCGUUCGUUGCGCUGCAGCAACGCGAGAGAGGUGGGGGUCAUGAGACAUUGGGACCUAGGAGUGGGAGGGGAUUGUACCCGUCGCCUUCCGCGUCGACAAUGUCACAGGCUUCGUCUGCGAAGAAGGACAAGAGGAGUGCGAAUCCGUUCCGGGAUUUCGAGUCUGGUAAGCUUGCACUACCUAGCCAUGCAUCUGCGCAUCAUUGA